AUUUAUCAAUACAUUUAUAUUUUUUAAUUGUAUAUAUUUUUUUCACUUUUUUUAAUGGAAACCAAGUAUUUUAAAAAUGAUAUUUUCAAAUUUCGCGGGCUGUAAAACCGCGCGCCGAGUAGGCCAAGUAGGCGGCUUCUUUAUCUCGGCGUGGUCCUAUUAUUUAUGUUGCCAGCCUAGCGUUGUUUUGGUCUAUUGAUAUUGAGUAUUGAAUCAAUACUAUUGAUAUAUAUUGUGUUUUGUGGGCAUUAUUUAAAUGUUAAAUAGCUAUAGUUAACAUGUUUGUUGGCAUUGAAUUUGAAAACGAUGAAGGAGUAGCUGUUGUAUGCAAUAGAUGGCUGACUCCGAGAAAAAAACAUGUACAAUGGCCACCAUAUAAACAACAACAUAAAUACAAUUUAGCACUUCAAAAACAGGAGAAAACAGGCGCCAAUUGGAAAACUUGUGCGGUCAAAAGAUUGUUUUUUGAAACUGAUGAUUUAAUAAAAGCUCAAUCUAAAAUUAAGAGGGCCCAAUUCACAUCCGAUUUCCAGUCCGACACUCAAUUAGAAAAUGAUGAUAAUUGCUUCAAAACUAAAAAUAAAAGAAUUCGAACAUUACCCAGUAGAUAUGAUGAUUACCAAGAAGUAUCCUCUGAUGACGAGGCUAUAAGCAAAUUUCAGCGCCCUCCUAUUAUUCAAAUUUCACCAAGUUGCAGUAAAUCAGGGUUCAAACCAUCACAAAUUAAUGACUUUGUUCCUUUACCAUCAACAAGCGCAAUUUCUGAAUCAGAAAACACAGACCGAUCUGUAUGUAAUCCACCUUUAAACAUAACCUUUGAACAAGAACCUAGGUUGGAUGGAAUUCAAGCCGAAGCCUUUCAGGGCAAACUAAUACGAUGUUUGUCUAAAAUAAUUGAUCAAAACAAGGAAAUUUUAUCAAUUCUGAGAAGUAAUUCAAAUAAUUCAGGAAAUAACAAACCAGAUCUUCCAGUUCCAAUACCAUUAAAAACACUGGAGGAACUAGAAGAACUGGAAAGACAUUUGGCCGAAAAGACUAAUCAGCAAUCAUUGUGUUAUUAUUUAGCAAGUCUGGAUAGAACCAACGUGUCAUCUGCAACUUCCUCUGCAUUAAGAUGUUGCCUUUCAUAUGGACUUGGUAAAGAUAUAAGUUUUUUGGGGACAAGAAAUAACAAAAAGGCUUUUAACAAUUAUAUAUUGAAAAAAGUUAUUGUUGAUGCAGUAAAAAUAGCAGUUCCGCAGGCAACCGCUAGAAACAUCGAGGACCAGAUCAAGAACUGGCUAAAACGAUCCCCAAAAAAUUAUUUUGCUGCACAAGAGAAAUUGAACAGAGAAAACGAAAAUUCUGAUAAAACUUCAAAUGUAAGUAACCUUUUGGUACCUUCUAGAAGUGCUGUGCAACUUUCCAAUGCUAAAAGCAAUAAUGUUGAAACUCACUUCAUUGAUGAUACAGUUGAUGAUACAGUUGAGACAGACACUCGCGAUGAUUCUUUCAAAAUUAAAGAGUUUCUGGCGUCUUUAGAAACAAAUGAAAUUGUUUAUAAUUUAGAUGUAAUCGGUAAUUUAGUUUGCGGGUCAGAACAUGUUGCUGAAAAUAAUGCUUCUCCUACCUCUAAUACUAGUAAAAAUAAUGUUACUCUAUGUGAUAAAUUAAGACAUUGGACAAUUACCUCUAAACCAACCCACAAUAGCAUCACCAAAUUACUUCACAUUUUAUCACCUUUGCAUCCCGAUCUGCCAUUAGACAGUCGCACGUUAUUGGGAACCCCAACUAAAAUAAAAGUAGAAAUUUUAGACACAGGCAAAUAUUGCCAUUUAGGAUUUAUUACUGUAUUGGAACAUUUUCUCAUAAACAAUCCUACAUUUUCAAGCAAUAUUUUAGAAAUUUGUUUCAAUAUAGAUGGCUUACCGCUUUUUAAAAGUUGCAACGGUCAAAUUUGGCCAAUAUUGGGUCAAGUAAAAAAUUGUCCCACCCACCCAUUUCCUAUUGGAAUUUUCUAUGGUAAUUCAAAACCCAAACCUCUAGAGCUGUUUCUUAAUGAUUUUGUUUUGGAAGUCCAAAAUGCUAUUUUGGAAGGUUUCAAUUAUAAUAAAAAACAAUAUUUUGUUAAAAUAUUUGGGUUCGUUUGCGAUGCGCCAGCGCGAGCUUUUUUAAAACGCGUUAAAAACCACGGGGGAUAUGCAGCUUGCGAGAAAUGUACAGUUUACGGAGAUUUUAAUAACGGAAGGGUGAUUUAUGAUAGUACAUCCGCUCCCAAAAGAACAGAUGAAACUUUUGCUAAACAGGUAGACGAAGAUCACCAUCUAGGCAUUUCGCCUUUGGUCCAUCUUCCUUUUGGAAUGGUCAGCCAAUUUCCGCUUGAUUACAUGCAUAAUGUGUGCCUCGGUGUCGUCAAAAAGUUGUUAAAUCAUUGGAUUGCAGGACCUCUUAACGUCAGAUUGUCAAAAGAAUUACCUCGAUGGAAAGCCACAGAGCUAAGAACUUUCUUACUAUAUGUGGGGCCAAUAAUAUUAAAAAAAUACAUAGAUUUGGCGAUUUAUGAGCAUUUUAUGCUGCUGCAUUGCGCUAUUAACAUAUUAAUUUCUGAAACAGCUUUAGUUAAAUUGGGAGUAGAUUUUGCAGAGACUUUACUGAACACUUUUGUUAAUCAUUCUUCAUUCUAUGCUUUCCCAUAUGAAAACUUUUUAAAUAAAAUAAAAAAUUUGGUGAAAUCAACAAAUCAUCCGUUAACUGAAAUACAUAAUCGUUUAAUUGAAAGCUAUAAUGUACUAUCAACUGAAGAACGUAAUUCAGAUAAAUGGGAUCUCAAAUUUCCGCACAACUUAGGACCUUUAAUUAAUAGUAUACAUGUUUGCAGACAAUAUAAAAAAGUAAUUUUGAGGAAUUUUACUUUAUCAACCCAUUCUUAUUCAGUCGCUAACUGUUAUUGUCUAAUUGGCAAAUCUACAUCACAAUAUAUUGUGCAAAUUCAAAAUAUAGUUUAUCUUAACAGUAAUUCGGUUAUAAUAAUAGGUAAGAAAUUUAAUUUUCAAACGUUUUUUUACACUUACCCAAUUAAAUCAUCCGAAUUAAACAUAUAUUUGAUAUCAGAUCUGUCUACAAAUUUAAACAAUUGGCCAUUGCAAGAGGUAAUUGCCAAAUGUAUUGUGUUUCCAUUAAAUGAUGCGGAAAGUGUAUCCUUCACUCACUAUCUGAAUAAUGAGUGA